AUGGAAAGAAGGCUAAAUGUUUUCAACGGGAAUGCAAUUAAUUCAGGUACAACUCCAGUUACACUGAAACUGUCAAGAGAAUUCAGAAAAACACAUGUUCUCAGUGAUAAGACAAAUAUGAACAGUUUGAACCCCAGUCUUAGAUAUAGAAAAGAAAAUCUGAUAGUAAAACCCAAAGUCACGAUUUCAGGUAUGAGAGACUCAAUUAUUGCAAUGCAUCGAAAACCUAGCGGUAACAAAACAAGCAUCCAGAAGUGUCCUCCAGAUAAUGCAAACAAAAUCUCCAUCUUUACUUUAUCAUCAAUCAUAAAGAACACAAAGUUUACAACAAAUAUGAAAAAUGGUGGUAAUGAUCGACUACUUGAAAUUUGGAAAGAUAUUGUGAAAUAUACCCCAUUCGAAAGAAUUAAUAUAACAAAGGGCAGCAUAUUAUUGCAAGCACAUUUAUAUGCGAAGAGAUUUGUCGAAUGGUUCAAAAUUAACAAAUUUGACUACAUACUCGUCGAUAAAGAUUUGGAGGCUUUGAGAGCUAUCUAUAAUAGUGAAAAAGUUCGUGCAAGUAUAAAAAUGAAAAAUACUUCUGUGGAUAGUAAACAGAAGGAAGGAAUGGUUGAUCAACUAUCAAAACAAAGAUAUAUUCGACAUGAACAAUACAAAAAAGCUUUCAAUCCUAGUCCAACUCACAUUGUACAGACAUAUAAAAGAGUUGGUAAAUUUAUGAGCACAGCGAAGGUAAAAGAUAUUCAAACAAAUGAAACUUCUGUUGUUUUGUUACUUCGGACGGAUAUUAGAUUUAAAGUUGAUACCAAUGACUUAUUGAUAUUAAUGGAUAAAUCGUGUACUACGCACUUAAUAGACAACAAAAAAAUUCCAGUAUAUAUGAAUUGGCAAAUUUAUAGAGAGAGGCCGAUAGAUAUAGAUUUCUUUAGCUAA